AUGGGCGGAACAAAUGACCCGAACGAAACCAGCAAAAUUGACUCAGAAAAAAUCGACGCUUCAAGGAAGGAGUCGGAGCCGGAAUUAAUGGCGGAGGGAGCGGCCGAGGUAGAGCCGACUCCGUCAGAGUUGGAGAAGGCGGAAGCGAAAUUAAGUCAUUGGCAGCACACGAAGAAGGCCGCCGCGUCGUUAAUCGAGCCGUCGCCCGUCACGGUCGGCGACCUUCAGAAGGAGUCGCUUCAGUACCACUCGAAGCAGUCUGGCGAAGGUUUCCCCGACGGGCAAGGUGGUUUCCAGAAUCUGUCAGGCGAGCGGGACAAAAACCCCUUUCAGCCGGACCCGCUGAGGCGACACCUAUUCGAGGGGGGUGCGCCUGCGGGAUUGGAUAUCAACAAGGGCAUAAGAUACGACCCUAUCGAAUACUCGCCCACCGAUCCGACGGAGUUUAGACCCAUCACCGGGGGCAACUUCAGACAGGUACCACAGACACCCUCCUCACCGGUCAACCCCUCACCGACUUACCCCUCACCGAUGUCGCCCUCGCCCUCCCGGUCACAAGGCUUUGCGCAGCACGGCGUGGAUCCGCUUAACUUCUCUCGGACUGGGUUUACGGACGAUCCAGCCCACCCCUCCGUAGACGUCCGCCACCUCGUGGGACCCGACGGGACGCAGGACACGCUCCGUGGCGCCUCGCUCAAUGACCGCAUCAUGAUGGGCGAGCCCCCUGUGCAUCGUGGCAUGCCAUCACCGCCCCCCAGUGAUGCCACGCCCACCGACAUCCGAGCACCCGCCACCGCCCACGACCUCCUUGGACUCGGCGGCCCGGGCCGCGGCCUCGGAGGGCACCAACCAAGAAACUUUUUCUAA